AAUGGAAAAUACAGGUGACGCAUCUAUUAUACAGUAUGCCGGUAUAUUUUCGUCGAAAGUAAGGAAGCAUUUGGCAAACACUGAUGAAGAUAAACUGGAUAUAAAUCUAGAUGUAGAGGAUGAAUUAGAAAAUACUAACGCGCUAGACUUUGAAGAACCUAAGUCAGAUGGUAAAACUAAAGGAGAAAUCAUGAAGGAACUUGAGGCUAAAUGGGACCCUCUGAAAGAACGUGAGCCCACCCAGCAACAUGAGCGUGAAUGGAGAGCUAUUCAAUUACGAGGCUACGUUAACCCUAAAAAAUUCUACAAAGGUGACAAACCUGGUAGACUAGAGCCCUUGCCAAAAAAGUACCAAGUUGGUGUCAUGACCUCGUCCUCUGGAGUCAAAGUAGGGGCCGGGGAGGAAUCGCAAGCAGCCGGUGCUGUAAACUCACGGAAACGCCGCAAGGGCAUGUCUGUACUAUCUGAAACAUUGGCAUCUGACCUAUCGUGGACAAGGAAGAAGUAUAGGGAAAUUCAAGAGCAAAAGACAUCAGGAUCCAAAGGAUGGUAUAGCAGACAGAUGAAGAAACUUAAGAAAAGGAAAUUAUAAUA